CUCCGCACUACUUAUUGGACAUCCUAGGGCUGCCAACAUGUCGUCGAGCAGACCCACUGAAAAUAUUGCGGGGAUACAUGAGCUAGGCCACGAGUCACCUGACCUCGAGGACUUGAAGACAGGGUAUAAUGUUGAUGAACAUGGAGGCCAUCAUGACCAUGUUAUCGUUGCCGACCGCCUUGCGCGGAAGCUGUCUGCUAGGCAGGUACAAAUGAUCGCGAUCGGUGGAACUAUUGGCACAGGUCUCUUCCUGGGAACUGGCAAAUCCCUCGCAACUGGUGGUCCAGCUUCCAUGCUCAUUGCCUACAUGAUUGUCGGAGUUAUCGUUUUCCUGACCAUGCUAGCCCUAGGCGAGAUGGCUGCGUUCAUUCCAGUAGCAGGAAGUUUCUGUACCUUCGCUGGCCGCUUCGUGGACGACGCAUUUGGCUUUGCCUUGACUUGGAACUACUGGUUCAAUGAUGCUGUCAGCACGGCAGCUGAUUUGGUUGCGCUUCAAUUGAUUCUGGAAUACUGGACUACCAACUUCCCCGGCUGGGCAUUGAGCUUGAUCUUUUGGUUUGCAUUGAUCGCGGCAAAUAUCAUCACAGUCAGGGCGUAUGGAGAAUUGGAGUACUGGCUCAGUCUUCUAAAAGUCGUCACUAUCACCAUCUUCAUGAUCCUCGGCAUAGCCGUCAACUGUGGCGGCAACCGCGACCACAAAUACAUCGGCGCCAAGAAUUGGUACAUCGGUGAUGCCCCCUUCGUCGGCGGCAUAGGCGGCUUCGCCUCCGUCUUCGUGACCGCCUCCUUCGCAUACGGCGGCACGGAAUCCAUCGCCAUCACGGCCGGCGAAACCAAAGACCCCACCAAGAACAUCCCCCGCGUGGUCAAGAACGUCUUCUGGCGCAUCCUAAUCUUCUACGUCAUCUCAGUCCUGCUCAUCGGCCUCAACGUCUCUUACCUGACUCCGAAGCUCUCCACCAAAUCCUCCGCUACUAGCCCCUUCACGCUCGUGUUCCAGAUGGCUGGCUCGAACGCCGCGGGCAGCUUCAUCAACGCGGUGAUCAUGACGAGUGUGCUAUCGGCUGGUAACCACGCCCUCUUCGCCGGCACGCGUCUGCUCUACACGCUCGCGGUCAACCGCCACGCACCCCAGGUCUUCGGCAAGCUAAACCGCAACAAAGUACCCUGGGUCGCUGUGCUCGCCACCAGCAUUAUCUCUGGUCUCUGCUUUGGUGCCUCCUUCAUCGGCGCGGGCCAGCUCUGGACUUGGCUGCAGAACAUCGUGGGCGUCUCCAAUCAGCUCUCCUGGAUCGCGAUCGGGAUUGCCUCGAUCCGCUUCCGCGCGGGACUCAAGCACCAGGGGAAGACGCAUUUGCUACCGUUUAAGAACUGGACGUAUCCCUAUGGACCAUGGUUCUCAGUCAUCUUGAACAGCUUUCUAGUGCUCGUGCAGGGCUGGAGUUGCUUCAGUCCCAGUUUUAGUGGAGUGGAUUUCGUGAGCUAUUACAUUGAGCUGCCGGUUAUGGCGUUGAUGUUUGUGGGGUGGAAGUUGUUGAAGCGGACGAAGUUUAAGAAGGUCGAGGAUAUGGACUUUGAGACGGAUGUGUAUGAGAGGCAGCCGGGAGAGGAGAAGCUGGAUCGGAAGGGAUGGAAGGGGAAGCUUGAGACGGCUGUGAGGUGGAUUUUCUGAGGAUAUACCACCCGGAAAUUGUUUUAGUGUAACUGCCUGGAGUAAAUUUGCAUCUAUUAGAUUUAUGUUGCAGGGUUGAUUUUGAGAUGACUCCGUUGGGUCGCGGUUUAUUACGGACGAGACGGGGAAAGCGCCAAAGCCAGCUAGCGCAAGCUUCUUAGACUCAUCAUCAACAACUAACCACGCGGGGCAUGGAAAAGGUGGCACACUAAUUCUACAGCAAGUGUCUCUUGUGUACACCUGUCUACCACUGCUUGGGUUGCUUCAAUGUAUUUUCAGGGAUCUAAAGCAGAUAGAUGCUCUUCAUCUUGGGCUAUGUGGAAAUUUGUUGAAGCACUCCAUGCAGUGGCAGACAGCUGUAUAUACGGGCAGAGUACUUGAUGAAUGUGCCAC